AUGCGCUUCAAUACCCUCUUCGCGUCCAUCUCAGCCCUCGUCACCGUCGCGGUCGCCAUCCCCGUUGCCCAGGACCCUCCAACCCAGCUCCCGACACCCUCGAAGCCCGUGAUCCCUUCCGCAUCUACACCAUAUGGAACGCCCUCUGCCACACCCAGCAUGGUCGGAGCCUACCAAUGCCCGCCAACCCAACAGAAGCAAUGCUGCCAGACUCUGCAGGAGACAUCUCACGAUGUCAUGAAGAGCUUGGGUGCACUUGUGCCUAUUCUGGGAGGAAUCACAGUUAGCUCCAAAGUGACGUUCCAGUGCAAGGCAAUGACCCCAGAGGAAUCACCUGACUCCUGCGUGGAUAACGAAUACAUUCCCAUGUGCUGCACCAAUCAAUCAUCGAACUCUAUCGGCCAGUGCAAGCCCUUCGCCGAGGCCAAAGAAGCAUAUUACCGCUCAUUCGGAUACGGUCAAGAGAGCCAAACCGACUACAUCUUGGAUGCUAUUGACUAA